AUGUCCAUAGUCUACAUCAACAUCUUCCUAGCCUUCAUCAUAUCACUUAUAGGACUACUAAUAUAUCGAUCCCACUUAAUAUCUUCUCUCCUGUGCCUAGAAGGUAUGAUAUUGUCUCUAUUCAUUAUAAUAACCAUAGCAAUCCUAAAUAACCAUUUCACACUAGCCAGUAUAACCCCUAUUAUUUUGCUAGUAUUUGCAGCCUGCGAAGCAGCACUAGGCUUAUCCCUGCUAGUAAUAGUAUCAAACACAUAUGGUACUGACUAUGUACAAAACCUAAACCUUCUACAAUGCUAA